AUGAACGGAAUAGUGAAGAAAGUGGUCAACCUGAUGAAGUUGGCCAUAAUCGGUAUCGUGGUGGUGGUCAAAGUCUGGCUGCUGCUGAAAAUCUUCUAUGCGGCAAUCAAGCUGAAGUAUGCCUUGAUAACGUUCGGUUAUCUGGUGCUGAGCUAUAUCAAAGUGUGGCUCGACGCUCACCAACAUCAGAGUCAUCAGAAAAAGGUGAUUUAUCACACUUAUCCGCAUGAUCACCACAAGCUGGAUGAACUGGACCUUCUAGGCGAACAUGAGGGAGAAGAAUAUUGGAGAAGAAAUGAUAUCGAGGAGGAUCCUGAUACCAUAGGGAAUGACGUGGAGUAUGAUAGACAAAAAUCAUAUUUUCUGUUUUAG